AUGGCGGCCCAAGAAAAGAACCCCGUCGAGCUGGAGAAGGCUUCCAAACUGGCGAACAUCCCACAUUGCGAGCAGUAUGAGAGGAUGAUCUCAGGCAUGCUAUACGACUCACUCAUUCCCAAACUCACAAACGCGCGUCUAGCCGCACGCAAAGCCAUGCAUGAAUACAACGCCUGGUUUCCCUCGGGCGAAGAUCUUAACAUCGAAAACAUAACCCAAACCCGCGCCAAGAUGCUCAAAUCCUUCCUUGGCCACGUAGGAGACGACGAGGUUUUCAUCGAGCCUCCUUUCAGAGUAGACUACGGCCCCAACAUGUCCGUCGGCAAACGCUUCUACGCCAACUUCAACCUAACGGUCCUGGACUCGGCUAUCGUCUCCAUCGGCGAUAGAGUCAUGAUCGGACCAAACGUUAUGAUAUCGACAGCCACGCAUGAGACGGAGGUUGGUAGCCGACGGGCCAAUAUCGAAUAUGCUUAUCCGAUCAGUAUUGGAGAUGAUUGCUGGAUUGGAGGUGGUGUGACGAUCCUGCCGGGUGUUAAGAUUGGAAAGGGCUGUACUAUUGGGGCGAGCAGUGUUGUUACGAGGGAUAUUGAGGAUUGGAGUGUUGCUGUUGGGUCGCCGGCAAGGGUUGUCAGGAAGGUCAAGGAACUGGGAGAGUUUGAGGAGGAUGUCAAGACAAAUGGGGAGCAGAACGGAGUUUCAGAAUGA